AGUAAAAGUUGAGAUUAAAAAACAACAUUAGUCAACAAAACUUGCCUACGCCAUUCUCAACUACCCAACUAUCAUCACCUGAUUGAUUCUCAUCGCACUCAAAGAUCUCCUUCAUUUUGUGCUACUUUUUUUCCAGAAAAAGGAUGUUAAUGUUUCGACCCUUUUUUCUAUUUCUUCUAACUAUUCAUACCCUCUCAUAUCAACUCGCUUACUCGCACAACGAAUCUGGUGAGUGGAGUUGCGAGUCAUCCAACUCGGCCACCCAACUCGUCGCUGAGUAUCGACCUGGUGUUGUCACUGUUGAUGGGCACCCUGAUGAAUGGAAGGACAUUGGUGGGUUUGAUUUUCCUUUAUUGCCUGCUCUUGACCCACAUGAAGAUGAUGCUUAUAAGGGUGGUAAAAUGACUGUUAAGGCACUACAUGAUGGCAAAGAUGUGUUGUUUUUGUUACAAGUUGAUGGAGAAUAUACUUACUCUCAAGGCAAUAGUAACAAAUGUCCAUCUGUUGCUCUCUUGUUUCAGAUUGGUGAGAAUGCUACCUAUCAUAAUAUGGGUGGUUGUAAAGAGUCUCCUGAUUCCUGUACCAAUAAGACUUGCCGCGGCUAUGAAGUUGACCUUAUGCACUUUUCAAUAGGAACUGCUAUUCCUGGACGUUUAUAUGGUGGAAACUUGGUUGAUGUUGGAACUGGCGGUGACAGAUUUGGUCAUUUGGUUGAUGUUUAUUCCUGGAACCCACACUGUCGAUACCUUGAUGGACUUGGGCCCUCAGGAACCAAUAACACUGCUCAGAAUGACUGGAAAGGAGCUUGGUGGCACAGCAGCCUCAAUGUUCACUCAGGUUUUGUGGAUGAAGAUAGUCCAUAUGCAUCUAAUGGAAAAAAAGGAACUUAUUACUUUGAAUUUUCAAGGCCUUUGAGGACCAUGGAUCGGUUUCAACAGGAUGCUCAAUUUAAGAUUGGUGACACGAGCAAGUUCUCAGCAGCUUUUUGGUACCCAGAGGACGGCAAACCAUGGCAUGGCUCAGGACAUUACACGAUAAGCUGUGAUUGGCUACCGUUGGAUUUUAUAUCUGGAGGAUCUACACUUACUGGAGCCAGGACUGCAACAGCAAGCUCCUGGGAUGCAGCUGUUGCCUUCUCUCUUCUAUUCUCAGUGGUUGCUUUCUGUUUGUCUGUUUAUGUGGUAAAUCGAGUCUCCAUGCGGCGAGAUGCACCCUAUACAGAGAUGACCCGUCUUUAGGUUAAUUAGCGACUUGUAUGUUGUAUUAUAAUAAUUUUGACCUUUCAUUUUUUGUUUGUCACACUUGGUUUCCAUUCUUUGUUAUAUUCAAAGAUAUCUGUCAUAGUUAAUGGUUCAGAUUACCACUAUAUUCUAACGGAAUGGAAGGUAGGAGUGUUUUUUGGCAUCAUUUGUUUCUGAUUGCAAAUUAGUGCUCCGAGAAGUAGCCAUCUUAUUAGAAACUAGCUCUGUAGCAGAUCCCAGCUCUGUAUACAUUCAUUGUUUGGUACGUUU